GGGAAAGAAGGGAAGGUGAAAAUAAAGUGAUUGCAACACCCGGAGGGAUUUGCAUUAAUGCAACACAGGCUGUAGGGGGAGGAGGAGGAGGAGGUGGUGGUGAUGAUGGUGGUGGUGAUGGGGGGGGAGUGCAAAAGAAAAAACGCACACCUUCCAAAAUGAGGAUUUUCCUGCAAAAUAAGGUUUGUCCCCCGGAUGGAGUUGCUGCACAGGGAGAGAGCUAAGGAUGCCAGUCAGCAGUGAGCGGACUUUGUAACUAUGACGGAAGGGCGUCGAUGUCAGGUGCACCUCCUAGACGACCGCAAAUUGGAGCUGCUCGUUCAGCCUAAGCUGUUGGCUAAGGAGCUUUUGGACCUGGUGGCUUCUCACUUCAACCUGAAGGAGAAGGAAUACUUUGGCAUCGCCUACACUGACGAAUCGGGCCAUUGCAGUUGGCUACAGCUGGAUCGCAGAGUGUUGGAACAUGAUUUCCCCAGGAAAUCAGGACCCAUCGUCCUACACUUCUGUGUGAAGUUCUACAUUGAGAGCAUUGCGUACCUGAAGCACAACGCCACCAUCGAGCUCUUCUUCCUCAACGCCAAGUCUUGUAUCUACAAGGAGCUGAUCGAGGUUGAGACGGAGGCGAUAUUUGAGUUGGCGAGUUACAUCCUGCAGGAAGCCAAAGGAGAUUAUUCCAGCAACGAAGCCACGAGAGCUGACCUGAAGAGAUUGCCAGCCUUGCCCACACAGGCCCUGAAGGAACAUCCAUCACUCGCCUACUGUGAGGACAGAGUGAUAGAACACUACAAGAAGGUGAAUGGACAAUCAAGAGGGCAGGCGAUUGUCAAUUACAUGAGCAUCGCAGAAUCUCUUCCAACCUACGGUGUCCACUAUUACGCAGUGAAGGACAAACAAGGCAUUCCCUGGUGGCUGGGGCUGAGCUACAAAGGGAUCUUUCAAUAUGAUUAUCAGGACAAGGUGAAGCCCAGGAAGGUCUUCCAAUGGAAACAGUUAGAAAACCUGUACUUCAGAGAGAAGAAGUUUUCUGUGGAGGUUCAUGACCCCAGAAGGGCGUCAGUCACCCGGAGGACAUUUGGUCACAGUGCGAUCGCAGUGCACACGUGGUAUGCCAGUCCCUCUCUGAUCAAGUCUAUCUGGGCGAUGGCCAUCAGCCAGCAUCAGUUCUACCUGGACAGAAAGCAGAGCAAGUCGAAAAUCCAUGCGGCCCGGAGCCUGAGCGAAAUCGCCAUCGACCUGACGGAGACGGGGACCCUGAAGACCUCCAAACUGGCCAACAUGGGCAGCAAGGGCAAGAUCAUCAGCGGCAGCAGCGGCAGCCUUCUCUCCUCGGGCUCCCAGGAGUCGGACAGCUCCCAGGCCGCCAAAAAGGACAUGCUCGCCGCACUCAAAUCCCGACAGGAAUCCCUGGAGGAGACGCUGAGAAUCCGUCUGGACGAACUAAGGAAACUUUGUCUGCGAGAAGCGGAGUUGACGGGAAAACUGCCCAAGGAAUAUCCCCUGGAUCCCGGGGAGCAGCCCCCCAUCGUACGGCGACGGAUCGGGACCGCCUUCAAGCUGGACGAGCAGAAGAUGGUGCCCAAGGGAGAGGAAGCGGAGGUGGAGCGCCUGGAGAGGGAGUUCGCGAUCCAGUCCCAGAUCACGGAGGCCGCGAGGCGCCUGGCGGCCGACCCCAGCGUCAGUAAGAAGCUGAAGAAGCAACGCAAAGCGUCGUAUCUCAACGCCCUGAAGAAACUGCAGGACAUCGAGAACUCCAUCAACGAGUACAGAGUCAAGUCAGGGAAGAAGCCCACCCAGAGGGCCUCCCUCAUCAUCGAGGAGGCCAACAUUGGCUCAGAGGACAGUUCGUUAUCUGACGCACUCGUUUUGGAAGAUGACGACCCUCAGGUCUCUGGGAUCCUGUCACCACUCCAGUCCCCGCACAAAGGCCUCCCCCCCCGGCCCCCCUCUCACCAGCGGCCCCCUCCCCCUCAGUCGCUGGACGGGCUGCGGCAGCUGCACUACCACCGCAGCGACUACGACAAGUCUCCGGUCAAGCCCAAGAUGUGGAAGGAGUCGUCGCUGGACGAGCCGUACGAGAAGGUGAAGAGGCGGUCAGCGCACAACCACUCCAGCUUGCGGAGUGGACAUUCCCGGUUGCCCAGUGGGGGGAGCGGUGGUGAGGCACAGGCUGGGGGGUCGCUGCAGGGCAGCCCAGUACGAGGGGCUCCGCUGUGGAAUGGCUCCCAGUGCAGUAUGCCCUCCACCCCCAAUCUGCGUCUCCGCAGCCCAACCUACAUCCACUCCACACGCUCGGUGGACGUCAGCCCUACCCGACUGCACACGUUAGCACAGCACUUUAGACACCGCAGCUCCAGCCUGGAGUCCCAGGGGAAGGCGGGGGGUUGCGAGACGGAGCCCGGGAGCCCCGACCUCUACACCCCGCGAACCCAGAGCAGCAACGGGUCCGAGCCCGCCGACGACUGUUCCUCCUGCACCAGCCGCUCCAGCUCCGAGCACAGCUACCCCCCGGCCCACCCUCACCCCCAGCCCCAGCCCCACCCCCACGCCAACUACUGCACCCUGGCCGAAGACUCGCCCUCCCGGGCCCGCGAGCGCCAGCGACACCGGUCGGCCGGGCAGCUGGGCUCCUCCAACUCGGGCAGCAUGCCCAACCUGGCGGCCAGGGGCCCCGCCAGCGGGGGGGGCACAGGGGGCGGGGGAGGGAGCGGGGGGGGCGUUUACCUGCAGAGCCAGAGCCAGCCGUCCUCCCAGUACCGCAUCAAGGAAUACCCUCUGUACGUGGAGGGCAGCCCCACUCCAGUGGUGGUGCGGAGCCUGGAGAGCGACCAGGAGGGACAUUACAGCGUCAAGGCCCAGUUCAAGACGUCAAACUCCUACACGGCCGGGGGCAUCUGCAGGGAGGCCUGGAGGUCGGAGGAGAGUGGUGGUGGGGGGGGUGGGGUCUCCGGGAUAGAGGGCAACGCCAGGCUCCCCCCCUCCCGCUCGCAGAUCGUCAGGACGCCCUCGCUGGCCCGGGAGGACGGGGCGGGGGCCGGGCCGGGGGCCGGAGCCGGGGCGGGGAAGGCCGUGGCCGAAGAGCUUCGCUCCUGGUACGAGAGGUCCUCGGCCACGCUCCGGGAUCACACCCGGCUCACGCACACCGGCUCCACGGACUCCACGCGGCGCACACGUGUGCCUCAGCUGUCCACGGCAAGCACGGCGGCUUCAGCUGCCUCGCCUCGCAGUCAGAGGAGCACAAAGCAAUCAGUUGAGUCAGCCGCCUCCUCUCCAUCAACCAGCCCCCACCACAUCAUAUCCUGGCAGAGUGGACAUUAUCAGGACACCUGCUAUGUGGAUUCCCCUCUGUACUCGGAAUUAGCAGAUGUCCAGUGGUAUACAAGUGACAAGGCUACGCCUGGGACUCUCGUCUGACACUUGACCUCAAACCCAGUGACUAGCAACUGGGGUGACCUGAGCACUGUUCCCUCGUCACUGCCUUACUCUUAACCUCGGAGUCAUCGACAAGGCCAUCCCCCACCUCCCCCCUCCACCUACAGCCCCGA